CUGCUGUUGAUGACUCUUGCUCACUGUCUGAAAACAGAGAUGGCACAAAUGGGAUUUCUGAUUUUCCUCCUUGUUACCAUCCUUUUGCUGGAUCAAACAACUGGCCAGUCUGUCCAUUCCAAAGCCAGAAAACACAGCAAACGAAGGGUUAAAGGUAAGCAAACUUAGUAGGCCACAGAGAAUGAAGAUUAUGAUAAAUAUAUUAUUUGAUUGUUACCUUAGUAAAUUUAUUAACAAGUAUUAUUUUAUUUUUUUGCUAUGUUGGUUCAUCUGAUUUGGAUAGUUUUAUUUAUGAAUUCUAUGAUAGAAAAAGCCUGGGCACAUAACAUAUUACACAUACUAUACCCGGAGUUCCCAGGCACAGAUCAAACCUAGACCUCUUCAGCUUCAUGUGUCUUUAAAGUAGGGAUGGGGAGCCUUUGGCCCUUCAGGUGUUGUUGUAGGAAAGGACCAUAGCUCAGUUGCAUGCUGAAGAUUCCAGGUUCAGUCUCCUGCCCGAAACCCUGGAGAGCUGCUGUCUGUGUGGACAGUACUAAGCUUGAUGUACCAGUGGUCUGAUUCAGUAUAACUCACCUUCUGGUGUUUCUAUGACUCCAGUCCUUAUCAGCCCAAACCAGCUUGACCAGUGGUCAAGGAUGGUGAGAACUGGGUAGGAGACAGGGAAAUGCUGAUCUCCCAGAAUGAGUGGCGGGGAGGAAAAAAAGAAAGAUCCCAGGUGAGGUCUGGGAGGGGCUACUACCUUCUGUGGGUGGUAAGGGUUAAGAAGUACCUUUAACAGAGGACUCUAUACUCUAUUUUUACUUUUGGUAGCUGUUUUCGUUUACAUUAGUUUUCUAUAACUUAUUGUAUCAUGAAGAAACUGGGGGGGGGGAGAAAGAACGGUCAUUCAGCAACACCUGGAACAUCCUCUAGCUCGGCUUUGGACUAUAGAUAGUUACUAUAACAGACAGCAAAUAAUCAUGGAAAAAACCUCAUACUUGGGCAGUUCUUCUUAAAGUAACGUUGGGCCAUGAUAAGACACUUUUGCAUAGCCUGUUCUCACAUUCUACCAGUAACAUUCAAAGAGGCUAAAGCAUGUGGGAUGGGAAGGUAGCAAAGGUACUUCUCAAACCUCUACCGCACUUCUCUAGGUAGCCUCUUUGUGUCAAAUAUUACUGACGUGGCACACACUCAAAACUGGCAAAAUAAAAAUAAAAAUGCCCCUCACCUAUGUAGUGUGGAGCAGGGAAAUAAAGAAAGCUGCCUGCAACCACAAACUGUGGGUGUAUAUUGUGUACACAGCCAUAUAGAACCCUACUAUGUACAGACUUCACCCUUCACAGGCAGCUUCACCCCAUGCUAAAGGAAGCCUGCAAAUAAUUCAGUGGGAUUUAUUCCCAGGUUAGCGGGGUUAGGACUGCAGCCUUUGUAUUGCACUCCACAUUUUACUGUAAAUAUUUUGAUGUGUGUAAACAUAUUAAUGUAUGUAUAUACUUACUUAUUUAAGAGAAAGACGGUGACCUAAAGAGUCAAAUUAACAAGCUUUGGCAAGAGGUAAACUCCCUGAAGGAAAUGCAAGCACUGCAGACAGGUAAGGGUUGCUUUUUAUUAUUCUACAGAAGGGGUGGAUAAUGUCUGGUCCUCCAGAUGUUGGUGGAUUACAACUCCCAUCAUCUCUGACCAUUAGCCAGUGCUGGCUCUGACUGACGGAAAUAAUAGUUCAGCAGUAUCUGGAGGGACACAAGUCCUCCAUCCUUGCUCUGCAGGGUUGAGUCGUUUCCUUUAGUUGGCUCUCCCCUUAAUAUUUUUCAGUUUUAAAUAACUUUAAAUGCUCGUUUUAAAACUGGGGAUUGGGGUGGGGGAAGAGAAAUAGAUGGUAAAUGGACUGAAAGAUGUUAUUCCAUUUUUUAUCAAAUGAUUAAAGAUAUUAUUAAAUACAUGAAUACUUGGGGUGUUUGGUGCAAACUUUAAAAUAGUGUUUUCAGAUACCUUGUCCUGGUUUUAUUUGCUAAGCACUGAGUUGACCUCAUGCACAGCUAGCUUUACUUUGGCACUUUGUGUUUCUAAGUAAUGAAAAGGACUUUAGAUCCCUGCCCUUGGUGGACAGCCAAGUAUACACCUAUUUCCUGAUAGUUCAGCCCAUUCUGAUGUCAAGACAAAUAUCUGCUUUUCCUUGCAGUAUGCCAUGAAACCAAAGUGGUGAGGUGGAGGGGACCGUUUUCCAAACAUAAAUAGUACAAAUAACAGUCCUGGCUCAUUUUUAGUUUCUCUCCGCCCCCCUCUGGCUCUUCUCCUUGGACUUCCAAAACCAAAACAGCUUAAAGAGUCAGUGACAUAAUAUAAUAUCUGGGUAAUAAAGUCAUGGAGGGCAGUUGUCCCAAGAGAUCACAACAUGGUAACAAGAAGGCCUGUUUUUUCAGUGCCCCCUUCUGCUACUUGUAAUUGCACACAGGAAAAAGAGGCAGUUUUAAAAGGGAUUAUCCCGAGAGCCUGGGGACUCAGGGCACUUCCAGAUGACCAUCCUGAUUUAUUUACAGAAAGAUUAGAUUAUGCUGGCUAUUAAAUGAGCAUUCAUUCUUAUUUUUUGUGGUAAGGUUAAAUGACAUGUCAAAGCAAAUGCUAUCUCUCAGUUUCCCAUCACUUUUGUUAUUGCAAAAAGUCCAGCGUUUUGAGGGAGCAGGUUUGUUGUGCAGGACUUCCCAAACAACUAAAAUUGCGCAACCUGAAUUGUCUGGUAUGCAAUUGAAUCCUACCCCAAAAUAGACAUUCUCAGACUAAGUCUGAGGUAAGCGUACAUACUGUAGAACUGUAGACUGAGACUGGAGGUUCAACAAUGGUGAUAUUCUAGAAGCACCCAGAGUUGUGGAAAUGUUGAAAUAAGCCAUCAGUAUGCUCUUCUUAUGUCCUCGUGUUAUAUUCAGUGUCAUCAAUCCAGGGAUUUAUAUGCUAACUUUCAGUAUUUCAGAUACAGAGAUUGGCCCAAAGCACUCAACCUCAUCAAGCCUUUCCUGUUAAUUUUGGGAUCCAGUAAGUGUUAGUGCUCACCCGCCCAAUGUCUACCCAAUGCACUAGUAUUAACUGCAUCCCCUAACCAGGGUUCAGUUUUUUCUUUAAAGCAACCCAUUGUAUCUACUACUGGGAUGAUGCUACAAAGAGAGGCCAACAGGCUGAAGGAGCCAUUAACUCCAUCAAUUACUGCAAAGCAAUAAGCAGCCAUCAUCUUUAUAGCUGGUUAUCUUUAUGCCUGUUUCAGUAGCUUGCAAAUGAACAAAUUGAAACUGUGAUUAGAAGACCCAAUUAAUAUUGCCCUUAGCACAUGUUGGGCUGCUUCUUUGAAUCGGCAGGAAAUGAAAGUGUUGUGAUGAGGUAUUUUGCUUCCUCUCAAAAUCAAUAAUGGUGCAAGGAACUACAGUGCUGAUGCUGUGUCUGAAGAAAUGGUGUUUAUGGGAAAACAAUCACUGCAAACUGAAAGUUUGUACGGGUUUAGGUUCUUAGGGCCAAAAUAGAUGCCCACCCAUCCUAAAUUCUGCCAAGAAAAAUUCCAAAUCCAGGGAAAUUUCAGGUAGCACUAACCAGUGAAGAACCACUUUGGUCCACUUAACAUAGAUUCUUUAAUCAUUGCAUCCAUCUUCUUUCAUUCACAGUCUGUCUUCGUGGAACAAAGGUCUAUAAAAAAUGCUACUUGGCAUCCGAUGGUGCAAAACGUUUCCAUGAAGCAAAUGAAGACUGCAUAGCCAAGGGAGGGACUCUUGCUAUCCCCAGAGAUGGCGAUGAAACCAACGCUCUCCGAGAGUACAGCAAGAAGAGCUUGUCAGGUGUGGCAGAUUUUUGGCUGGGUGUCACUGACAUGGUAAAUGAAGGGAAAUUUGUAGAUGUCAAUGGAAUGGUCCUCAACUACUUCAACUGGGACCGGUCACAACCCAAUGGAGGAAAACGGGAAAAUUGUGUCUUGUUUUCACAGUCAGCUCAAGGAAAGUGGGUGGAUGAAGUCUGCCGUACUGUCAAACGAUAUAUUUGUGAAUUCCUGAUCCCUUAA